AUGUCGCUAAGUAACCACCCCAAAGCCUAUGGCUCAGCCGCCAUUGUCGUCGCCUUUUCGGCAGGCAUCCUGGUGACACUCGGCUUCAAGGACUUCUACCCCGACCUCGAGCGUCGCUAUCAGCGCCACCGCCGCGCCGUCCGCCGUCGCAACACCAACUCUUCGACCUCCAAGGAUGAGGCCUCGCGCCGCGGCUCCGUCUUCUGGGGCCCGCCCGUCCAGCUAGAGGACCACGAAGGGUCUGAUGUCGCCGUGUCUGACGACUUGGCCGCCACCUCGCAGCCGCCGCCCAUCGCCGACGGCAUCGAGGGCGCCAUCGGCAACACGCCGCUCAUCAACAUCAAGUCGCUGAGCGAGGCCACGGGCCGCGUCAUCCUCGCCAAGGCCGAGUUCCUCAACGGCGCCGGCCAGUCACCCAAGGACCGCGUCGCCCUGUCCAUGAUCCGCACCGCCGAGGAGGCAGGCCUGCUGGUGCCCGGCCGCGGCGACACCAUCUACGAGGGCACCGUCGGCAGCACGGGCAUCGCCCUGACCACCCUCGCCCGCGCCCGCGGCUACCGCUGCCACAUCUGCAUGCCCGACGACAUGGCCGUCGAGAAGAGCGACCUGCUGCACCGCCUCGGCGCCACCGUCGAGCGCGUCGCCGUCGCCCCCAUCACGAGCCCCGCCCACUUU